AUGGAGACCGCUUUAAAUAAAAGUAAUAACAUAGAAGGAUAAUACUUAAAAAAAUAUAGAGUUUUUUAAAAAUUUAAGUAAGAAGAUAUUUAUUAUGAAGUAAUCAAUUAUGACAUGUUUAUUUAUUAUGAUUGUUCUAUAGUUUAAUUAAUAAUAGUUGAUAUAAUACUGUUUAAAUACUUGACCUUUCUUGAUUCGGAACCUUAUAAUUAAGUUUUGGUAAUGUAAAAUUUAGAAAUAUUAAAUAUCUAACUACAGUAAGUGCAAUUUCCAGAGGAAUAACCUUAAUUAGUAAUAAAUUAAAUUCCAAUAGUGAACAAUAAUAAAAACUAGCAAAGGUUAAAACCAAUUUCAAAUUUAAGUAAUAAUUUUAUUUACUAAAUAGAUCUUAAAGAAAAAGCCGACUUUAUUAUUUGUAGAGAAUAAUUGAUUGCAUAUUCGGAUAAAACUCCCAUGAUAUAGUUAAAUGUCAUUUCAAACAUAUUUUUCAUAAGAUAGGUAUCACAGAAUGGCUGA